CCCUGCUUCAAGUCCACUUCCCUCCAGUAUAAAAGGCACAUGCCCCCAUCAGCUGCCCUGCUUCUGCUUGGAGCAGCAGCUACCAGAGAAGCAGCUUUGGUGCACACAGCCUUCCCACCACUGCUCCAUCAUGUGGCAUCCAAUCUCCUGGACACCACGUGCCCAGUGGUCACCAAACCACUUAAAGCUAGUCACUGUCUAUGUCCUGAUGCUCUUGGUGUCACUCAGCUUUGCUUCGGGACAGAGCAGGCCAUUUAAACAUCAGAUAGACAACAGAAGUCCUGAGAUUGACCCUUUUUGGUACGUAGGCCGUGGUGUUCGCCCCAUCGGUCGCUUUGGGAAGAGACAGCUGAGAAGCAGCCGUGGCAGCCUGAGGCCUGUGAGCAAACACCUGGAUUUCAUCUUGAAUGCUUUGUGGGAGCAAAAAUCAUUGGACACAGAGGACAGUGACUGGUGAUCUCUGUUGCCCAGGGUGGCAACCCAACCUCUGUUCUUUGAAUUGUGCCCUCCCCUGCACCUCAGACCUACAGUUCUGCUUUUGCCUAGCAAUCUCACACUGCUCUUCUUUCUGCUCCUUGUGCAAGUACCUUCAAAAAGAAACAUGUUCAGGGUGCCAGUAAAAGACAAUGCAUGGACACCAGCACUGAGUGCCACCACUGGUUAUAAAAAUGUUUCUUCAUUGUGCAUCCCCAUCAAUCUCCUGAUCCUGUUCACUGCUAGGAUCACUGUUAAGUUUAUCCAAAGCCCACACAGCUUUUGGGCUGGAAUUUAAACUCUGCAGUGUUAAAUGUAUCAUAAAACCUUCCUGUCAGAUUUCAAAGUCAAUGGCUGUUGAUAAGUAAAAAUAAAAAGCAAUGGUUGGAAGAAAGAAAAAAGGCUCUUACCAAUUUUUAAUGUACCUGCAUUAAUGGCAUGAAAGGCUGGUUCUUUGUGUGUAGCUUUUAUAAAGAUUGCUAACAUCCACUCUUAAGAAUGUCUCCCUGAAGUACCCACUGGACCUUCAUAAUUCUUCUUGUACAGAUGGAGAGAUAUAUUAAUGAACAAAGAGGCACUCCUAUUGAAGAUAAGUAUUUUCUCCCUGCUGAAGGAACAAAAAAAAAUGGCUAAUUGAACUCUUUGGAGUAGUUUUGUGCCUACUGCAUAUAACCAUGCACCAUAAUCCAAAAGGAGCAAGGGCCUGAAUGAGCUGAUUCCCUUUAAAACAAUGUCAUUAUUUCCAAGUACAUUGUCUGAGCAAGUUAGAGUCACUCUUUGAGGAUCACAAGCCAUGUACUAUCUACUCCAUUAGUCCAAAUCAAUAAGCCUGGAGAUGCAGCUCAAUUCCCCUAUUUAAUCAUGUUAAUAUACCUUUG